GGGGCAAAGCAAAGCAGAUCAGAUCAGAGUCGAAGCGAAGCCAGAGAGAUCUAGAGAGAGAUGGGCGAGGAGGCGGCGGGGUCGUCGUCGGUGGUUGGGCGCGCGGUGGAUGAGGUGCGGUCGGCGCUCAGCGAGCACGCCGACGUGGUCGCGGAGCUCUUCGGCCGCGUCUCCUCCGAGCUGCGCACCGGCUUCGCACCCGCCGUCGACUCCUUCCUCGGCUUCUUCCACGCCGUCGACUGGAAGGAGCCCUGGUUACUCAGCAUACUAACUUUUCAUGCCAUUCUGCUACUGGUUACCAUCAUCUCGAGGAGAAAUGUCAAUUUCCAACUUAUUUUGUCAGCUUUAACAUUUUCUGGUGUAUUUCUCGCCGAGAAAAUAAACAAGUUCCUAGGACAAAACUGGAAGAGCUUCUCUAGCCAAAAUUAUUUUGACCCCCAAGGUCUCUUCAUUUCAGUUAUCUGGUCUGGUCCCCUCCUUUUGAUAACGAUCCUUAUUUUGGUGAACACUCUUGUGACACUGUGCAUGCUGAUCGUCAGGUGGAAGAGGGCAGAACUCAGGCAUCGUUCUCGCGAGGCUCGUAAUAAGCAGGACUGAUCUUAGCCUGCAUCUAUAUAUAUUGGUGGCCAGUAGGAAAGCUGUUUUCUUGUUAAAUUGAUCUAACUAAGAAUAUUGGCAAUGUUUAGACAUGUUUCCGAAACGAUGUUAAUUUGAGUAGUAGUAUUUAACAUUCGGAUAUAGUCAAAGUUUUGCUCUUGCGGUGUGCGGAUAACAAUCAAUCACUUUGUUAUGUUGUGCAAUAUGAUCUUUGAGCGAGGACAGAAUGGGUUGUAGCUGGUUUGUUCAGGUGCCAAUCCUGGAACUGUUAUGUUUUCUUUUGUUGUGUCCGGUCAGGUGCAGCAACUUCAAAUUGUUGAUUACCCGAAUAAUGUAUGAACAGAUGAAUUCGAGCUA